CAUUUGUUUACAUGUGAAAUAAGAUUUUGCUUCGACUGCCUUAGAAGUUUGCACAGGAGCAGGAUAAGUGUCAAAUGUGCACCAUGUAAAAACGAAACUGUCUCCUUGGUUGCCUCACACCUUUAACCACGUUUCAUACUGAAACUAACGCAGCAGUACCCAGAGGAGAUUACAGGAUGCGCAAAACGCAGAGAGAAACAGGCGUGUUCAGCGGUGAAUACCGGUGGCAAACGGGAGGAUGUCACAUGAGUUCAAAGACGUUUCCCAGCCACAGCUACGUUUCCUGAACACACAGUCCUUUCUUCUGUGAAGAACCAACGGAAAGCCCCCGUGAGAAACGUCAUCAGAAACCCCCUUGCUGUCUCUAGGUCUUGGUGUUCUCUGACAGAGACCUGCGCUUCUACAUUUCGUCCAUGCUGCGCUCGUUUGACCGUUGAGAGAAAAUCCAGGCAGACAGAGCUCCAUCAGACCUUCUACACGGUGCACCAACAUUUUAUUCGAGUGUACGUGUUUCUCUGGUUCACCUGCGCUCAGGCAGCUCAGUGAUGUUCGGCGUGGACGGUUCUGCUGCACAGUAGUUAUAGUUUUCUAUAACACUCUUGACCGCGCUCACACACACAAAAUACACACAGGUACACACAACACACACAACAUAAGAGGAAAACACUUGAUUGCUUUAAGUGCUGCAGCGUGCUCUGUGCCUACUUACAGAAAGUCACGUGAUUUCACCAGAAAACGAAAGAGGAAGAACCUGCAACUGUAAUACAUGGAUAUGUUUAUGGUGUGUGUGUGUGUGUGUGUGUGUGUGUGUGUGUGUGUGUGUGUGUGUGUGUGUGUGUUUUAACGUCUCAAGUUGUUACCAGCAGUAUACCUUAAUAAAGACAAUCAACUUGUCAGUACACGAUGAUAGUCUCACUGAUUAAAGAAAGAAAGAAAGAAAGAAAGAAAGAAAGAAAGAAAGCGCAAAAUUCCCUGAUGUGUGUGCGCGCGCGUGCAUGUGUGGCAGCUGACAGCCUCCGGUGGAACAAGCGGAAGUUAGACUUGUGUUCAGUCGGCGGCUCUUCAGGUUAUCCAUUUCAGCUUCGCACAGUGUAACAUCGCUAAGUUGGAAGUACCUCCAUGCAUGGAAGGAAAUGCCUAAAUCCAAGAGCAGACGAGAUGAUCGGAAGACAAAGGCAGGAAAGAAGAGGGGAGGAAAGGAGGUGAAUCAGUGGAACACAGGUGAAAGCAGGGACACAUGGAGAGGACAGCUGGGACAGAGCGAUUAUGUGACUCCACCACAGAGACGUCAUCAUGGCCUGAUCAAUCAGGGAGCCACAUGUUACCUCAACAGUGUCCUGCAGGUUCUCUUCAUGACCACUGAGAUCCACCACAGAUCAAAGCAGUAAACAGUCAGUGUUCACUGAGAAGCUGCUGUCUUCCUAAAGGUUGGAUCCACAAACAGAUCGAGAGCUGAGACAAAUCUUUACUGACCUGAAGACAAAAACAUGUGGAACAGGAAACAUCACAAG